AUGUGGUCAGCUGAUGAAAUUGCUGAGCUAUGUUACCUGCAUUAUAGGACCAGACUCCCUAAGCAGGGGAAACCAGAUCCAAACAGGGAAUGGACUUCACUGGCAGCUGUUGUCAAAGUGGAGUCUGCAACCCAAAGAGAGGUUCUUGCUAGUCCAGGGAAUCUGCAGGUAACGAAGGAAGUUGUUGCUAUGGGAACUGGAACAAAAUGUAUUGGCCAAAACAAAAUGAGAAAAACUGGAGACAUUCUGAAUGACAGUCACGCUGAAAUUGUGGCCAAAAGGAGCUUCCAGAGGUAUCUUUUCCAUCAGUUGAGGCUGGCAGCUUCCCAUCAGCAAUGCAGCAUCUUUAUUCCGGGAACUGAAACUGGGAAAUGGAAACUCAAAUCAAAUAUCAUAUUUGUUUUCUUCUCCAGUCAUACCCCAUGUGGAGAUGCUUCUAUUAUUCCAAUUAGGGAACCAGGGAACCAGCUUUCUAAGCCAGUGACUGGAGAUGGUACAGCUGGACAAUCAGCAGAGUGUAGAAGUAACCAUGAUCAUUUGGGUCUAGAAGAUAAAAGGAAAUCAGAGAAAAUGGCAAGUAAUCAUAUAAUCAAGAGAAUGAAAACUGACGAUGAUGGUUAUUUUUCCAUAAUCACUGAAGACCUGGCUGUUCCUCAAGUAUCUGUGAAACGAGAAGAUGAUGCAAAUCCAAAGAGCUGUGAAAGUUCUGCAGAGAUGCAAACAGCUAGUAAGGAGACCGGCUUAGGGAGACCAAAGGUGGUAGAUGUUUAUAGAACUGGAGCAAAAUGUGUACCUGGAGAGCUGGGUGAUGCCCGAAUACCGGGGAUAGGGUAUCACUGUGUGGGAUUAUUACGAGUGAAGCCAGGUCGUGGGGACAGAACGUGCUCUAUGUCCUGCAGUGAUAAACUGGCUCGCUGGAAUGUGUUAGGGUGUCAAGGAGCUCUUCUGAUGCAUUUCCUGCAGUAUCCAUUGUAUCUAUCAGCAAUUAUAGUGGGGAAGUGUCCAUAUAGCCAAGAAGCUAUGCGGAGAGCCAUUAUUGAAAGGUGUCAGCACAUCUCCUUUUUACCAGAUGGUUUUCUUGCUCAGGAGGUUAAGCUGCUGCAAUCGGAUCUUCGAUUUGAACAUAGUCGUCAGGCAAUUCAGGAAGUUCAAACUAACAGCAAAACAAAACUUGUUCCUUGUAGUGCAGCUAUCAGUUGGAGUGCAGUCCCUGAGCAACCUCUGGAUGUCACCUCAGAUGGCUUCCGGCAGGGUACAACAAAGAAGGGGAUUGGGAGCCACCAGAGCAGAUCCAAGAUCUGUAAAGUGGAACUCUUUCAUACGUUCCAAAAACUGGUGACAAGUAUUUCACAAGAGGAUCUACCAGACACUCUCCGGAUGAAGACUCUAGAAACCUACUGGGACUACAAGGAAGCUGCACUAAAUUAUCAAGAAGCCUGGAAAGUGCUGCGUAGCCAAGCCCUGCUGGGUUGGGUCAAGAACGCCGAGGAAUACCUGCACUUCACAUGAGAAUACACGUGGCUGUGUAAAUCCAGCAAUAAGCCCUGGUGCAUAGCAGAUACCUCUGCAGUUCACGGGUCAGGAAAAGACAUCCUCUAGUUCCUGUGCUGUAAGGAGACAGGAGUGAAAAGGAAAGCAAUUUAGAGAUGUCUUUAUUUUGGUUGAGUUGAAGCCCCCUUUUUAUUGAAAUAUGGAAAAGAAUCAUUGCAGACUUAAAGUUCUGAGCUGCAUGAAACAAUAUGCCUCCAAAAGAAAGCAAGCAGUGAUGUGCUGUCCUCUGUUAUGUGAGGAUAUGAUCUAUCAGCUGUAGUCCAUUGCAGUGGAAGUAAUGUCAACUGAAAUUGCAGCAGUGCUAUGGAAGAAAGGCUGUCAUUGUAAAAUUUUAGUGCUGCUUUUUUCUUCCACUCUUCAUAAUGUUAUGGUUGGUUUUGUGUUGCUGGGACAACCCUAAUGUAUAGUAAGGAAUAUUUUUAUAACUCUUGGCUCUCCCUGUCUGGUGCCUGGAAGAAUUUUCCAUGUCCCCAAACCCCACUGCUUCUAACUGGAAAUACUAGUUCUA